AUGCCCGACUGCAAUACCCGGCGCAGCAGAGAUUACUCGAAACCUUUCACCCCUCGAUCAUCGAAAGGGCCCAGCAUGGAGGGCUAUCUUCCCACCGGUGUGCCGGUUCAGCGGCGGCUGAGCCGGCUUUACAACGACACCAAGAAGUCGUCCGAUUUCGUCAAAGAGCCCGUCUCCAAUGGCGAUGACCCCGAGAUCAGAGCCCUGCAUCGAAAGUUGCGCAUUCAGAAGGACCGUCUUGUCAGCUGGGGCUUGGAAUGGUCUGAUAACAGCCAGUCGCAGUCGGCCGAGGUCUUGAUCGACAAGUCUCUCUCCAAGGCUGGCCUCAGCGAGGUUGUGGGCAGUAUCAUGUCCACCAUCAAGGACAUCCUCGCCGAGGCAGAACCUUUGUGGCAGAGCUCUAGGCGACUGAUCGGCGAGCGCGAGUCCGAGAAAAAGGGCUCGUCCAGCGGCGACCAGAAGAACAUGCCCAUGGUGCCUUGGGACAAGGGACGCUUUGAGGACCUGGUACGAGACCUCACAACCUCUAUAGACACCCUCUUCGACCUGUCGAGGACGAGAUCGACAACUUCGACCUCGCAGUCUUACAAACAGAGCGGAUCCUCGGACGAGAUGCGAGCCUUCGAGUCGACCCGAGUACAGACCCCCAGACAGAUCGACCCCAACACCCUGACGAAUCUUCGGGCGAUGCAGGCGGAACCCAUGUCAGAAGGUGCGUCGGAGGAAGCCAGGCCGCGUGAAAUCGUCUUCAUGCAGAGGCAAGCCUACUCCGAGAUUGUGCCCCAGGGCAGCUCAGGGACAGGACGGCAGCCAAACGCGCCACUUUUGCUCGAGUACGCUGCUUUCGACCCUAUUUACUCGACGACCGGUAUCAUGCCGUCGAUGACCCGGUUCGAGAAGCUCUCGGCCGGUCUGCAGUCUGACACCCAAAGGCCGGGUACCUGGAUCGGUCUGCCACGGCUGCUGGGCUACUUCGAGGACUAUGAGCACUCCCGGCUUGGCUUGGUCUACCAGUUCCCACCCACUUUCAAUCCCAUCUCGUACGAGAACUUGACGCAGAACCCACUAUACAGCCUCAAUUCGUUGUCGGACCUGCUGAAGAGACCCGAUUUCGAACCAAAGCUAGAGGCCAAGUUCCGGCUGGCCUCGAACCUGGCCAAUACCGUGUUCGAUAUGCAUGCUCGUGGGAUUUCGCACGGCAACCUUAUCGACACGAACAUAUCUUUCUGCAAUGCUGUCGGCAACGACCCAUCGAUGAACACGGCCGACGUCGAUAUUCGUCGGCCAUUGGUGUCCUCCUUCGACUUGUUCCCAGACUCGCCCUUUCCCGAGACCUCUGCAACGUCCUUCUCCCUCUAUAGGCAUCCACUCGAUCCCAGAGUCACGUCAGCAUCCACAGUCAGCGGAACUGCCAGCGCCAAUGCCGACCCGCGCGUGUUUGAUCUCUACUCGCUAUCCAUGAUUCUCCUUUCGGUCGGAUUAUGGACGAAUUUAGAGCUGCUUACUCCCAAUCCCGCCUCUACCGAGAUCCCUUCUAGCGUAUUGGAUCAGCUUGCAAUUCGGUGUGGUACUCUGUACAUGAAGGCAGUGCAAGCGUGCUGGACCGCAGCCGAUAAGGAGCUGUCGGGACAGGCCCAAGGAGCGAGCGAUCAGUUCAUCUCCAAGGUUCAGGUCAAGGCCAGUCGAUAUCUCGAGGCGUGCUGCAUUCUUGACGGAGUGAGUGCUCUAGAGGAUAGGCUUACUGAUGACUUGGGUGAACCAAAAGCGGCUCCUGCACCAGCCGCGCCGGCGGGCUCAUCGAAGGGCGCCAUGGAGAGGAAGUCGGCCAAGAGUGCAGAGCUAUACCCCAUAUCAGAGCAGCAACAGCAGACCUCUAUGGGGCCACCCAUUUCAGGCUUUACCCAGACCACGCCUGUUGUCAUUGAAGAUCACCCGCUCCCGGUCGAGACCCAGAUGCGGCCGCGCAAGUCGCCCAGGGCACGUCUAUACCCGCACGUGCCACUUCCAGCAGAAUUGGUAGAGCAGUGGAACUUGACCCUGAUGCCCGAGAUCAACCUAGCACUGCAGCACUUCUACAAGAAGCAUCCGGAAUCGGUAGAAAUAUCCCUCGAGUCGAUCGGCGAGUCUGCCAAGGAUACGCGGCCGACCGUCCUAGUCGUAUGCACAUCUGUAGCCAAGGUGCGUGGGAUUCUCAAGAAGCGGCUUGGUUACCUCUUCGACGGCACGACGGACAUCGCACUCAAAGUGUGCAAGGGUCAGAUGCUGCGGUCGCGAAAGACGCCGACCAACAGCAGCCUACAGCAUGGCCCACCGGUUGAUGCCGCAAAUGGUGAAUUCCAGGAGAGGCCGGGAAACGGAGCCAGCAUCGGCGCCUGGAUCGGCGACCAACAUCUUCCACCUGCUAGUCUCGGCGGCAUAGUGAUUGUGGACGACAAGCCGUACGGGAUGACGGUGCAUCACAUGCUUGACGACCCGGACGCCGGGCUUGGCGAGUCCACAGCGACGCAGGCCCAGAUUGACCAAGUGCAGGACAUACUGCGAAGCAGCGCCGGUGCGGCCCAACAGAAGAAACAACAGCAAGAGAUUUCCGAUCUCAACGCGUCACUGUCGCAGUGGUACGCAGAUCUGCAGGCCGAAGCAGCCGAGGCAGGGAGCUCAUCUACAGAAUCCGAAUAUGCCUGUGAGUUUUCCGACACGGGAUCUGAGGCGUCUGGCUUGACCAGCGAUUACUCGGAGAGCGACUGGGGUGGUGGUGGUGGUGGUGGUGGUGGUGGUGAUGGCGCUGAAGGCGACGAUUCGGAUGAGGAAAAGGAGAAAGAGGAUGAGUACGGGGAGCCUGGCGAUAUUCCAGGAGUCGAGCUUGGCUGCGGCGAGGGCUACAUCAUCACGCAGCCAGCAUUCGAUGACGUUGGGGAAGGAUUUUACCCCAACGGAGAGACGGCCGAUGAGGACCAUUUGGAUACGUGCACUCUGGGAGAGGUACAUGCUUCGAGUGGAAUCAGAAGGCGGACCGAUGAAAAGGGGCUAGUGCACGAAAUCGAUUGGGCAUUGAUCGAGUUCGACGAUCAUCGAGCCCACCAGAACAAUGUCAUCCCCUCUACCGGUGGCGAAAACGCUCGAGGUAUCCGUCCGACUACCGUUGUGGCCGCCUCGGCCCUGCCAGGCUUGGACGUGCAAUGCAUUGCGCGGACAAGCGGCCUUCAGAGUGGCCGCAUCCUGCCCACCAUCGUUUCGGUCAAGAUCUACGGCCGCCAGACGGCAAGUCACUCGUACCAGAUCAGCAGCACGCCAUCCUUGCAGCAGUGGCACACUUCGAUGCACCGACCGAUGGGCAUCCCAGGCGAUAGCGGAGCCUGGAUUGUCGAGCGGGGCGGGAGCGGCAGGCUGUGCGGUCAUGUCCUGGCGUGGAGCGACCGCAAGCGCGUCGCAUACCUGUGUCCGAUGGACAUGCUCCUCCUCGACAUGGCAGAGACGCUCGAGGCGGCAGAGGUGCGCCUACCAGGAGGAGACGUCAUCGUAAAAGCCAUGAGCCCCGAGGAGCGCAAGCGACGCAAGCUCGAGGGAACAGUCGGCCCGUCCCAGGGGUUUGCACUCAUGAUUGAGCAACCCCAGUCGCCACUGGUGGCAAGGCAGGCCAGUCUCAGACAGCAGGACUUCCAACGCGAGAGAUGGAACCAAGUGAUGGACAUGAAGCAGCAGACCCAGCAGUUUUCACAACAGAAGCCCAUAUCCAGGGCCAACACGGGUUUUACGGUGGACGAUGACGAUGUCAGCAGCGUAAGCACCGCGGGCGGCCAUCCAAACCCGAUGCAUAUGGCUUUCCAGGAUCCGGUCAAUGUGCCACCGUUGACACCACUCGAAAUACGCAGCGCUCGACACUUCAGGGACUCGGGGGUGCACGACACCUCAGCCUCUCCCGAUAAGACUGAGAUGAUCGAUGCAGGCCUCAGGCGAGACGGGAGCGUCAGGAGCAGUGGCCUACAGGCUGCGCAGGGUGUCGAUCCGUAUUUGGCUAGCAGGUUUGGCGAGAUGCAUGUCGGCCGGGAUAGCGACGAGGAUGCAAGGUUGUAUGCCAGGUGA